GUCACUGCCUCCACCGACGGGAUUGGCUUCGCCAUCGCCCGACGUCUGGCUGAGGACGGGGCCCAUGUAGUCAUCAGCAGCCGCAAACAAGAGAAUGUGAACCGUGCAGUGGCCACACUCCAGGGAGAGGGGCUGAGUGUGACUGGCAUCGUGUGCCAUGUGGGGAAGCAAGAGGAUCGAGAAAGGCUUGUAACCACGGCUGUGAAGCUGCAUCACGGGAUUGAUAUCCUGGUCUCCAAUGCUGCUGUCAACCCUUUCUUUGGAAACCUACUGGAUGUCACAGAGGAGGUGUGGGACAAGGUUCUGAGCAUUAAUGUGACGGCUACAGCCAUGUUGAUUAAAGCAGUGGUGCCAGAGAUGGAAAAACGAGGAGGUGGCUCGGUGGUGAUUGUGGGUUCCGUAGCUGGCUUCACUCCAUUUCCUUUUCUAGGCCCUUACAACGUCAGUAAAGCAGCUUUGCUGAGUCUCACUAAGAACUACGCCGCAGAGCUGGCCUCAAAGAACGUUAGAGUGAACUGCUUGGCACCUGGACUCAUCAAGACUCGUUUCAGCAGUGCGUUAUGGAAGGACGGAUCAAAAGAGGACAUCAUAAAAGAACGCAUGCAAAUUAGAAGGCUAGGUAAACCAGAGGAUUGUGCCGGCAUAGUGUCUUUCUUGUGCUCUGAAGAUGCCAGUUACAUCAGUGGCGAGACAGUAGUGGUUGGGGGAGGAACCCCUUCUCGCCUCUGAGGACAGUCUACCAGGUCAGAGGUUAACUCCUCCUGGUGGGGGGAGUGCAGUCCACCUUGCCGCUGCCUAAUAUUUUGUUCACCCCACAAAAUCAUCUCUACCCAGUAAUAAAUUUCUGCUUUCUCUAUGGUCAAAGUGUGGUCAGAUGAGCAUCCCUGCUGUUGCUAUGGCCUUGUAAAUGGCUGGCGGGGGGGGGGUAGAGGGGAGACUUGCUGAGAAGACUGUAGUCCCCCUCAAACCGCGCCUCCCGCCCCGGUCUCUGGAGAAUUUGAGGGAGAUAGAAGGGGUCUGGAGUGGAAGGAACAGAAAUGGAAAUUAACAAUUUACAAAUAAAACGAACAUGAUCACGUUGCUCUCUGAAUCAGUGUAUG